AUGGGAAAUGUAACGAACCCUAUCUUGCUUUCAAGGUACAAUCGAAUGUUUGAAGCUACACAGGAUGGGUUGGGCAGAAAUGCCCCGGUUCAUAGUAUUCAUGGUUCUUUACUCGCCGUUGGCGAGCUGUUGAGGAAUACAGGUGAGUUCAUGAUGUCUAGGUAUAGAGAAGUUGCCGAAAUUGUCCUCAGAUACCUUGAACAUCGUGAUCGUCUUGUUCGCCUUAGCAUCACCUCGUUACUGCCUCGCAUUGCUCACUUUCUUCGUGACCGCUUUGUUACAAACUAUUUAACGAUAUGCAUGAAUCAUAUUCUUACUGUGUUGAGAAGACCGGCUGAACGAGCCAGUGGGUUCAUCGCCCUUGGGGAAAUGGCUGGUGCUUUGGAUGGUGAGCUUAUCCACUAUUUGCCGACAAUUAUGUCUCAUCUGCGGGAUGCCAUUGCCCCACGUAAAGGUAGACCUUUGCUUGAAGCUGUGGCUUGUGUUGGUAACAUCGCGAAGGCAAUGGGAUCCACAGUGGAAACUCAUGUUCGAGAUCUUUUAGAUGUUAUGUUUUCCUCUAGUCUCUCUUCUACACUUGUUGACGCUCUUGAUCAGAUAACCAUCAGCAUUCCUUCUUUGCUGCCAACGGUACAAGAUCGGCUUCUAGAUUGCAUUUCGUUGGUUCUUUCAAGAUCCCCUUAUUCUCAAACAAAGCCUCCUGUUCCUGUUGUCCGAGGUAGUACAGUGGGCAUGGCACCACAGUCUUCUGACCCUAGUUGUUCAGCGCAAGUUCAACUAGCCCUGCAGACUCUUGCUCGUUUCAAUUUCAAGGGGCAUGAUCUUCUUGAAUUUGCUCGGGAGUCAGUUCUUGUUUAUUUGGAUGAUGAGGAUGCAGCCACAAGAAAAGAUGCUGCUUUGUGCUGUUGCAGGCUAAUUGCAAAUUCUUUAUCUGGUGUCACACAAUUUGGCUCAAGCAGGUCAACACGAGCAGGGGGGAGACGAAGGCGCCUUGUGGAAGAGAUUGUGGAAAAGCUUCUCAGGACAGCUGUUGCGGAUGCUGAUGUAACUGUUCGCAAGUCUAUCUUCGUUGCUUUAUAUGGCAACCAAUGUUUUGAUGAUUAUUUAGCACAGGCUGAUAGUUUGACUGCCAUUUUUGCUUCCUUAAAUGAUGAGGUAUGUACAUGUUAUUUGUUUGAAUAA